CUUUUUAGGAAUAAAUCCGAUUCGGCAACGAACACGAUUUCUGUGAGUAUACUACCGGUUAAAAAUCGCCGUGUUGUUUGUCUCACUGUUGAAUCACCUCCUUGACCGGAAACUGCUCGGUAACCCUAAGCGUACCGAUUAUUUAUCACUCGAUCUAUCUCAGACUUUCGGAGAAUGGGGCUACGGCGAGUAGGUAUAGUACAAUGCUCGCACGAUUUCUCCAAGUUGGAUGCUAUUAUAAAGAAUUAUGAUAAAUUUGACAUCGGCACCAAGAAUGCUAUCCUCCAAGCUUCUCCCAGUGUUGUCUCUCUUAUAAGUCGAACCGGUGACAAAGUGGUAUUUCUUGGCUCUGGGACUAUCAUAGAGUGUGAGGCCCAUGAUGAAAGUUUCCUGUCUACUAUCUUAACUUCUGCAACUUUCCUGCGAGGUCCUGAUGAUGAAGCUUCUAUUUUACCUAAUCUUAUGAUUAAUGUAUAUCUAUCCAGCGGUAAAUUAUACGAGGGGAAAGUUUUGACAUACGACUUCUAUUACAACAUCGCAAUUAUCAGCAUCAAGUCUGAUGCACUUCUCUCAACUGCUAAAAUGAGAUGCGUUGAUGAUAGUAUAGCAAUAGAUUCUAACACAUCUAUGCUAGACGGUGCAAUUUCGUUAUUGCAUGGAGAUGAAGAAACAGUUUCAACUCGGUAUAAUCUAUUUCCUGGUAAACUUGUCAUAGCAUUAGCUCGUAACUUUGAAGCACCCUUUGAGAUUAUGGCUGCUCCUGGUUAUUUCAGUUGUAAUGAUUUUCAUCAUGAUUGCAAAGAGCUUUUCUGGACGACGUGCAAAGUGACUAAGAUUGUUGUUGGAGGACCCGUCAUCAAUUGUUAUGGAGAAGUCAUUGGAGUAAGCUUUGCCUUAAGCCCAGUCAAUGCAUUUCUGCCGAUAAAUAUUGCAUUGAAGUGUUUGGAGGAUCUGAAGGAAAAUAGGCAAGUUCCAAGGCCUUAUCUUGGAGUGGGUGUUGCUAAUCUUUACACUGCAAAGUUAGAGAAGCUGGAUGAACUGACUGGAACAUUCCCUCAUGUAACCAAAGGAGUUAUAAUUGAACAGGUUGAGAAUAUGAGAAUUCAUGCUCGUGUGAAAAGGAGAAAGGUAUGCCAUUGGACUUUUUGGUCUGUUAGGAAAUGGCUCAAAGCAAGGGUCCUACUUCAAAAUAUUGAGAAGAAAAAGAGAAUCCAAACAAGUGGUAGGAAGAUGAAGAUAAAGAAGAAAAAGAGAAUCCAAACAAUAGAUGGGAACAUGAAGUUAAAACAAGAAUCUCCUGCUGGUCGUGAUGGUCUAUGUUGCGACGAUGUUAUUAUUAGUUGUGAUGGAAAUUCAGUAGGGAGUCCUCUCGAGCUGACUGAAGUUCUAUGGAACCAAGAAGGGAAGCCUGUUGAGCUGAUUGUGCUAAGGCCAAGAAUUGGUCAACUAAAGCUGACUGUGACAGUUGGCACUAGCCCAAAGAUGAACAGGUGGCAUGACCCAUAUGUUGGCGACUUUGACUUUUCCGAAUUAGAAGAUAAACUAGCUAGGGAGAGAAAAGAUAAAAGUUGAGAUGGGUUAUCUUAGAUUUUUGAUGAGCAGUUUGUCAAGCCAGUUACAUAUACACUCCAUGACAUGGAAAAAGCUUGAACACAUUUCUCUAUUGACAUCCUUUUGUCUCUAGUAUUUAUUUGUUAGUUGUGUUUCCUGGUUCAUUUGGCUCAUGGUGCAUGUAAUGAAUCAAGAUGCAGAAUCAUAUUACGCUUAAAUCGUAAUAUGUCUUAUUUUUUGUAUACCUGGUAAUCAUAUUACGCUUAAAUUGAUA